CUUUGACGAUGUUCAAUGGAACUGUCUUUUUAAAUUUGUUGUCAAUGUCGUGUAAAUGUGUUUUUUGACCCAUGUGAUAAUACAAAACACUUGAAUUAAAAUGACUGCUAUUAAGAAAAAGAAGCGCGUGUCUAAAAAGACUAAAACAGCAUGGCGAAAAUAUUCUAAUAUAAAUGAUGUGGAGGAGUUUCUUGAAGACCAAAGAUUGGAAGAGAGACUUGGUAAAUUUGAAACAAAGCCAGAUGCAGAACUUUUUGUGUUAGACACGCAAGGAGUAGAUAAGCCUGAGGAAAUAGAUGUCAAACCUGAUAUAAAGCCGUUGUCCGCUAAGCAGAGGAAACGAGAAAAGUUAUCGGAGACUCCUAAGUGUUUUGAAGUUCUUUUACCUACUUCUAAGGUACAAGAUCCGAACGCUAAACGUAAUCAUGUAAAACCCGUUGGAUCGAAACCAUCAGAUUUAUCUAAAAUAACCAAACAAAGGAAACUCGUCAAGGGAGUUCUAGCAAAGAAAGUUGAAGAUAUAAAGAAGAAUAAAAAAAUGGUUGCAGAGAGAAGAAAAAAGUUAAAAUCUAUAAGAAAGACAUACAAUAAAAAUAUUUGGGAUGACGAUGUACUCGAAGCUAAAGGUAUGCCAGAAACACUCGUAGAUGAGUUUAUAUCACCAGAAGCACAAUUACAUAACGUCCCGACAACAAAAAGGCUACGAUCAAAACCGCCGCUUCCAAAAUCGGUGGUUACAAGGAAGUCGGUGGAGGUGCCACAUCCAGGUGUCAGCUAUAAUCCUUCGUUUAAGGAACAUCAAGAACUCUUACAAGAGGUUGUCCAACACGAACAAAAGAUGAUGAAACGUGAGGCUCACUUAAACAGAGUGACGACCGGCAUGUUUAGUAAGGUCACUCCCAAGGAAAAAGAGAACCAAUGGCGUGAAGAGAUGAGCGUAGGCCUGCCCCAGCCCCAUGACCCUACAACAGACCCCGACCCCGAGCCCAGUGACAAUGAAUACAAAGCCAUCAAUCCCCCCGUGAAAAACAAGAAGAAAGACCAUAAAGCGCGUCGCAAACAGAGAGAGAGAAUAGAAGAGAGGGAGAGAUUAAAACGAGAGAAGAUUGAUAGAAAGAAGAUUACUGAUCUUUACAAGCUCCGUAAGAUUCAAUCAUCAUUGAUAAACAAAGAGAAAAGAGACGCUGAGCUCCGAACCAAACGUACAACAAAGCGGAAACAAUUAGAAGAGACCGCCCUGCCGGCACUGAAUAAGAACAGGCCACCCGCUAAGGAACCGGACUUUGUGGACCCCAAACAGCUGACCGGGGAUCUGAGGAACUUGUCUAAUACUUCUAAUCUACUAAAGGAACGUUUCGAAUCCCUACAACGGCGAGGAGCCCUCGCAGCCUCCAAGGUCAUGAUGAAGAAGAAGAGGAAACUCAAGAGUUACUUCAAGUCAGGUCACAAGGUCACGGAGAAGGACAUCGAGAGAUACGUCAACAGAGAUGUGGGCAAGAAGUGAUCAACACAUGGGGAAUAAAGUUGAUAUUUAAUGUUA